AUGAGGGUCGAUCGUCGAGGGUUGCUCCUCGGGAUCGGCUUCGUUUUGGGGCUGGUCGGUUUGAAGCUGUUGUUGCAGUUGAAGAAUCAUCCUUUUCUCCUCACCAUCCUCCUCGUGCUCCCCUUCCUGAUCCACGAGCUCUACUGGAAACGUCGGAAUCUGCCGCCCGGCCCGACCCCAUGGUUGACAGUUGGGAAUAUGGUAUCACUAGCGACAGCGAAUUUCGACGAGAUCAUGGCCCACUGGCGCCGAAAAUACGGCGGCAUCUACACCGUCUGGAUUGGCCCCUUCCCCCUCGUCAUGGUCAACGAGGUGCACACAAUGAAGAAAUACUUUGUGCAGCACGGCGAGCUCUUCAGCAACCGGUGGCGAAACUUUGCCACCGAUUCGUUUAUGGGCGGGGCUAAUGGUGUGAUACAGAUAGAUGGGGAAAAGUGGAGGGAGCAGAGAAGGUUUUCUCUACAUGUGCUGCGAGACUUUGGGGUGGGGCAGCAGCUGAUGGAGAAGAAAAUAUUGUCGGAGGUGCGCCAAUUGACAGCCUAUCUCCGAGGCCGUGAAGAAGUCGACUUGUGCACACCUUUAGCUAUUUGUGUCGGCAACAUCAUCAACGAUAUGCUGUUCGGCGUUACGUUCCCGCAGGGCUCCUCCGAGAUGAAGCGUCUUCACUCCCUUCUCGACGCCCAGUCCCGGCUAGUGGUUCAUCCAUUGAUGGGCCUCUACCUCGCCUUCCCUUUCACCUCAAAAAUGCCACUCUUGGAUGGGCCCUGGAAGGAGUUGAUCCGACAUCGCGAUGCCCUUUGGGAGUUCUUGGGACGGCAGGUCAACGACCACGUCGCCCUGUUCGAGCAGGGACACUCGGUCGACGACUUCACCUUUGCCUACCUCGAGGAGAUCGAGAGAAGGAAACAGAGCGGAGAUCCCGGGCAUUUCGACUUAUGGCAACUCCAAAUGCUGCUGCUCGACUUGUUCUUUGCCGGGAUGGAGACGACGGUGACGACGCUCAAAUGGGCAUUUUUGCUGGUCGUCCACAAGCCGGAAGUGAUGCGCCGGAUACAGGCCGAACUUGACGGGCUCAACGUCGAAGAAAUCGGGCUGGCGGAUAGGUCGCGAGCAUCAUAUACACAGGCGGCAGUUUGUGAAAUCCAGCGCAUCGCCAAUAUUUUGCCAAUAAAUCUUUUGCGUACUGUAUCUGAGGACGUCCGGAUCGAUGGAUAUUUUUAUCCAAAAGGGACGAUGGUUAUCCCCCAAAUAGCCACGAUGCUGAAUGAUGAGACCGUGUUCGAGGAUCCGAGUGAUUUUAGACCCGAACGCUUCUUAGACGAAGAAGGCAAGCUGAAGCGGGUCGAGCAAUUCAUGCCAUUUUCGCUAGGAAAAAGGCAAUGCUUGGGGGAGUCGCUGGCCCGAGCCGAAUUGUUCCUAAUUUUCGCCAACGUCCUCAAGCAGUUCGACGUCUGUCCGGUGCCCGGGGAAAACUACUCUAGGCAGCGGACGCUGGGGCUCACCGUAUCCCCUCAGAAAUACGCGGUCCGUCUCGCUCCCAGGAAGCUUGAUGCCAAUAUGAAUAUUGUC